CUCUUUCCUCCCACCCAAACACUUCUCUUUUUCUCUCUCUAAAACUCUCUUUUCUAUUUUCUACCUAUUUUCUUUCUCUCCAAUGGAGAAUUCCACCGACAAGAGAAAGCGGGUUCAUAACGAGUCAUCUGACUCGGUUGAUUCAGAAGCUCACUGUGUCGACUCGGUUGAAGUUAAGAUUCGAAAGGUUGACACUGUUUCUGAUGUUAAUGUUAACUCGUCCGAGUCCGAGUCUCAGCUGACGCGAGUUGACUCGUUUGAGUCGUGUCUUGACUCGGUUUUUGACUCGGAUGUUCAGCUUCAUCAAGAUGAUAUUUUUCAUAUGCUUGAUGAUGCUGAAAAUGUUCCGGAACAGACUGAGCGUGACUCGGUGGUGGGUCUUGACUCGGUUAUCAAAAGCUUUGAGGAAGAGAUUCUUACUCCGGGUUUUGAACCGGAUCAGAUCGGACCGGUUCAGACCGGAUCGAUUCAGAUGACUGGCUUAGGCGAGAUGCAGAAUGAUUUGGGUUACUUAUUCGAGGCCUCUGAUGAUGAACUUGGGUUACCUCCGACAGUGGUUUCAUGUGAUGAACCGGGUCGGACUGAACCGGAAAAUGUGGACUUGACCGGGUUUCUGGGGUUUGAAGAUGACUUAACCUGCAAUGAUGGGUUUGGUUUUGGAGCCGGGUUGUUGCCCGAGUUAGAGGGUGGAAAUAUCGGUGCUGGAGAUUUUGUGACCGGGGAUGGGUUGUUUGAUUUUAGUGAACCGGCGGUGGAUGUUUUGUGGCCGUCGGAGUCGCUACAAGCUAUGUAGGAUCUGGCGUUUGAGAUUUUGGGGUGGAAAAUGUAAAUCUGAGAAAAUGUUGGGUUAAAUUUAGGAGGAGGAAAAAAUGAAGAUUAGAAAAGUAGGUGAUAGAUGUGAAAAGUUUUUAGGAUUAAGAUUUGUUAUGGUUCUUUUGUUUAAAUUUAAUUGAAAAAAAAAAACUGGUCUCAGAUUAUGCUAA